UUCGUUUCGGAGAAGCUUAGCUCGCUCGCUCGCCGGUUGACUUGUUUGGUGAUUUGGGCGUUUCUUUGUCGUCGGGUUUGGUGCCUGAUUGUUCGACCUCAACUGAUCGAUCGAUCGAUCGUGUAUAUAGUUGGCCGGUUGUCUGGUUUCGCUGCUGCCGUGGAUGAGCGCGGCUGCAUUGGUGGUGAGCAACGGAACGAGAGCGAGAGGAGGAAGAACAAGAUGGCGGCGGGGGUGAGGAGGGCGGGCGGCCGGUUUCUUGCGCGGGAGAACAAGGCCGGCGGCGCCCAUGGGUUCUUGGUCGGCGGUGGUGCUGGAGUGUCGCGCGCGUUGGUGGAGGCGGAGGCGCCGGCGGUGGAUGCUCCGGCGCCGGCGACGGCGGGGAGGGACCCGGCCCCGCCGGGGGCAGCGGCGUCGGCGAUGGCGGCGGGCAUCACGCCGGCGCUGCUGUUAGUCACGGUGGUGCUGGCCGUGGUGCUGCUCGCGUCGGGGCUGCUCCACGUCCUGCGCCGGCUCUUCCUCAAGAGCCACCAUGCCGACGCCGGUGGGGCCGAGCGGCAGCUGCAGCACCUGUUCUCCUCCCCGCACGAGGACGGCGCCGGCGGCGGGCUCGACCAGGCCGCCAUCGGCGCGCUGCCGGAGUUCGCGUACAGCGAGCUGUCCGCCGCCGGCGGCGGCAGGAGGCCGGGGAAGAGGAAGGCGAACGCGGACAGGCCGUUCGAUUGCGCCAUCUGCCUCUGCGAGUUUACCGAUGACGACCGGCUCCGCCUGCUCCCGCUGUGCGGGCACGCGUUCCACGUCGCGUGCAUCGACGUCUGGCUCCGCUCCAGCGCCACGUGCCCGCUCUGCCGCGCCUCGCUCUCCGCGCGCGCCCUCGCCGCCGCGGACACGUCGUCCGUCGAGCCGGACGUCGGGGAGGAACAGAAGCAGCUGGAGGCGCCAAACACGGCCGCGGGCAGCGUCGUGCUCCCCGUCAGGCUCGGCCGGUUCAAGAACGCCGCCGCCGGGGAUGACGCCGAGGCGAGCACCAGCGCCAGCAGCCGCCUCGAUGCGAGGAGGUGCUACUCCAUGGGUUCGUACCAGUACGUGCUUGCCGACGAGCACCUGCUGGUCUCCGUACACCUGAGGCCCGGCAAUGCCGGCAGCAUGGGCACCGGCGCCGGUGUUAUAACCGUGGCGAGCACCAAUGCUGAUCAGCAGGGCAAAAAGGUGUUCGCCCGCGGCGACAGCUUCUCCGUGUCCAAGAUCUGGCAAUGGCGCGGCAGCGGCAAGCGGCUCCCGGGCCUCUGCGCUGGCGAGGACAACGGCCUGCCGUGGGCGCCGCCGGCGAGCGCACGCACGAGGCGAGGAAUCGAUGACACUUGAUCAUCAUAGACACCUACCGAGUACCGACACACACAUACACACACAUGUAUGCCUAGCUUCUCGUCGAUUAGCGGCUAGCAACAAGAGUUUCUUGACAGAAUUUUGCAGGUAAAAUCAUUCGAGUAACCAUGCAGACAAAAACACCUUUUGGGUUAUCUUGUGUUGAUCUUUUACUGUACAAUAUCAUGAUAUCAUAGCUGACUUUAUUCCCAGUUGCUAGGCUAUAUAUUUUGUACUUUCACCGGAAUAUUCUUGUUUGAUCAAUCUCCUUACGCAUAUACUGGAGCAAUCGAGCUUGUUUGUACUGUGCAACUAAAGGAUGGCUGUUCCUGUUCAGUCAGUCAGUUUAUUGUGGCACUAGCACUGCCAAGUACAGUACCACCCCCACUGCAAUGGUGGUU